UGGAGUGGUACAGUCCGGAACUUGAAACAUUUUGCGGGAAGCUGUUUCAGUUCGAGCAACGGAGUGUUUACAAAACAGACUUGCUAUUAAAACUGUUGUUUUCCCAAAUGAGUGCCAAAAAGGGCAGAAGAGCCAAGAUGCUCACAGUGCCACCAGAUGAGAGUCAAAAAGCUUCGUCUUUUGAUAUGGAUUCUCCCAACCUGUCUUCUAUAGACAGGGCUAGCUUCCUGGAAGGACUGCAGCAAAAUCAUGGUAACCCCCUGCACAGUACUGCUGUGGAGGAAGAUUUAAAUGUCUUGGAGGAGGAACAGAUGGACCAAGGAAAAGCAGGAAGAAAGGACAUUCCUCAGAUGCUGAAGAGAACUGCUAAACAGCGUGGAGCCACUGUGAAGAGGAAGGAGUCAGAGAAAGAUGGUGGGGACGAGAAGAAGAGGAGUAGGAAAAGUACUGGAGAGAAGGCCAAAGCCAGACCUGAGAAGGGAGGAAAAAGACAGAAAACGAAGGGAGGACCUGAAUGGGAAAGAGCAGAGUCAGAUGCUGACGCUAUCCCCAAAACAAGCGGUCAGCCUGCCCCCAAAGCAAACGGUCUCAAACACUUGGUUAAGAAGAAGCCUGCUAAGACAAGCACAUCUGCAGCAAGGCCAUCGAAAAAUCAGCAGAUGAGUAAGGACAAGAAGAGAACGAGUGAGUCCAGUGGUGGAGAGUCCAGUGACCAUGAGUCACAGGAGGAAUCUGACAGUGACACUCGCAACCGGAGCCGUAGCAGAGUCCUGUCCUCUGAUGAGGAGGUGGAUGAAGACAUGAGUUGGAAACCAAGUCCAAAGAAUGCCAGAGUGUCUGGUUUUGGUGUAAGCAGCAAGCCUUCGUCUGAUAGGUCCAAAUCCAGGAAGUCUUCAUCAGGCAGUGCAUCUGCAGAGGCAGAAAGGGCCAACACUGAUAAACAGAGGAGGAAGAUACUUGGUGGUCAGGGUGGAACAGAUUUAGAGGUGGUGCUGGAUACAUUCCUUGAUUUCUGUGACCAGUACAGGGACUCUGUGGAGUCUAAAGCAGUCAAACAGUCCAUUGAUACUUUCUCCUCCAAUGUGAAAGAGCAGCUCUUGGAAAAGAUCUCUUCAUACAAGGAACUCAGGGUUCUAAAAAGAGAAAAUGCCAAGGUGGGUUCUUUGAUACGUAAAAAGACACAGAGGCUGUUGGAUGCCAAGCAUGAGCUGAUGAGGGCAGAGAGACAGAUGUGGCUGCUACAGAAAGAGAAAGCUGAACUUAAACUCCGAUUAACUGAUCUGAGACGAAGCCAUGCCUUCCUCCGUGACAUCAGAAAGCUCAACCAACAGUACCUGGAUUACCGACACACACACCCCAAAGAGAAAGAGACGUACGGAGCAUCCAGCUUACCAGCUCUGCUACUGGAGGCCAGGCAUAUUCAAACAACAGAGCAACAGCUGAGCAGGAUCAAUAAUCAAACAGAAAAAAGACUUCAGAGGAAUGGGAUUUGUGAAUAAUGUGCUGUGGUAUAAUGCUAUACACAUACACACACACAAAUGCACAAAAGUGUCUCAAAACAUAUGUAGUAUACUGUAUAUAACAUAUUAUGAGCAGCACUAAAGCCCCUGGCCAAAUGCAGCUUGACAUUCUGGAUUGUGUUGUAUGUUGUGGUUCACUUUUCUUACACUUCCAGCAUUUUGGCCUCUCAGACCAUGAGCUGAACUGUGAAUCACUGCUUACUUAAUUAAGUUUAAUAAAGAUAAAAAGUAAAAACCUGUUUACUUUUAG